UUCGGUAUACGAUCACUGCAAAUAUCACAACUUGGUCUUCUAAAUUUAUUCAACGUCCAAUGAUAACGUUGUGAGUUGCUACUCAAUGAUAACAAUGUUUGGAUUUGGAAGUUGGAACACGAAGCACCAAUUGGCAAUUACCAAUUAUUAUUACAAUAGGCAGACAGUAGUAUAACAUUUCAAAUUUCAAAUUUGAACACUGGUAAAGUAGUAAGGUAAAGUACGUUAAGUAACGUACAUAAUUAAUAUUUGAGACCUUCAUAUGUAAGAUCGUGUUAAAGAAUAUUUUGUUUUAUUUUUAUUGUGUUUUUACACAAUUUGUAUUCAUAUGUGUCUGUGAAACUGAUUGGUAUUUAACCAUGUCAAAACGACUAUCUACUGAAAUCGAGAUUUCCGCCAAAGACGGGGUUGACAAAGAAAAACAACAGCCGGACAAGAAACAAAAAUUAUCAUUUGGAAUGAUGAAAAAAACUCUUCCAGCAAAAACCGGCAUUAAGAUAACUCUUAAUAGCCCAGCCACUAAAGAACCACCUAUUCUACCCAAACCAGCAUCAAAGUCUGUUGCUGCAGUAUUUGGCGAUGUAAGUGAUGACGAACCUGAAGAAAUGCCUAAAGAAGCUAGAAUGCGUAUGAGAAAUAUUGGUAGGGAUACUCCAACAUCAGCCGGACCCAAUUCAUUUGGCAAGACUAAACACGGUUUCUGCAAUACUGGCAAACUUAUGGAGAAGACACUUAAAGAGGCAACAAACGCACUAAUUGAUGAUAAAAAAUAAUCGUUAUUUUUUUUCACAAUUAUUGUGAAUAUUGUAUUUAAGUUUUUUGCACAGAAUUAGUUUUAAAUAUUAAUUAAGAUAACCAUGACUGUGUAUUUAUAAAGAAUUAUUGAAAGGAUAUUUAUCCCUUAGUCCAAUCAAUUGACCUUUUUUAUUUAUGUUACUGUAAAGUGUAUAAAAUAUACAAGCAAUACAUAUAACAUUA